AUGAAGACACACGAAGCUGUCGGUAUUGCUACCACGGUGGUGGCCACAGUAUUUGUCGGCAUUCGUCUUUUCACCAGAGUCAAGAUUACUCAUGACAACCUUGGUCUCUCUGACUACCUGAACAUCGCCGCUUUAAUUUCAGCAUGGAUAUUCGCCAUUUUGAUAUUUCCCUUUGACCCAUGGAUCGACCGGCUCCUGGCAGCGGAAGCCAAAUCUGAGCUUACGACAGACCCUGAACUGAAACAAUUCUUUGCAUAUCAAGUCGAGAGAGUUUACGAGAGAGGCUUUAACCGCUUCAAUGCGGUGACCAGCAUAUUUUUUGCCCUGGCGCUUACCUUUGCCCGACUCUCAAUCCUCGUCUUUUACCUACGCUUGUCGCCGGUCCGCUCCUUCCACUGGGCCGUCCAUGCGGUAAGCACGUUCUUGGGCUUAAAUACCUCAUUAUCGGUUGUGCUUUCGCUGUUGGUUUUCGACAAUAACGCAGAGUCGAAGAUAAGAGCGGCAGACCAGGCUCUGAGCAUGUUCUACGGCAUCUCCAACAUCCUUGUUGAUGUUGCAAUUCUGUUGUUGCCGAUUGGUGUGGUUUGGGCGUUACAGAUGGCCAUACGCAGGAAGAUCGCAAUAAUCUGCUUGUUCGGUGUUGGCGCCAUUGUUUGCGCGAUAUCCACCUACAGAGUGACGAUUCUGACUUUUAUUUCCUCGCGGGACACAUCUUCGAACCCCAUCUCAAACCAGCUGACUCUUAGCUUCGCCGAGACAAAUGGCGCCAUAAUCUGCGGCUGCGUACCUAUCACCACUCGCUUCUUCACCCAAUUCCUCCCCGAGCUCCUGGCUCCGUACUUACGUCAGUACUCGAAGUCACCAUCAACUCCUCAUAUAUCGAACGGUGGUACAUGCUCCACGACAAUUGAGAAGAAUCGUCGCCGCCGUGAGAACAACAAACGUCGAAACUUUGGGUUCAGGGACUCCGGGUUUGCCUCUGGCAGCGCUAAUCAUCCUGGCUCUCGCGAGAAUAUCGUUGGCGCAGGCCAAAACUACGAGAUGGCGUACCAGCAUAUCGGAUUUGGUCGUAUUGAUGAUGAAGACCCCAGUCAAAGUUAUGACUCGUUGGAGCGCAAUGUGUUGGGCAAGGGAAGAGCGGGGACGCUCAUCCGUGCACAAACGGAGGUUUUCGCACCGGAUCAGGAGUUGGGCAUCACUUGCAUUUAUGAUACAAGUGUAAGUUAUGGUCCUGGGAAGUCUGUUGCCCUGGAGGUGAAGCCAAGGGGGUUCAAGGAUAUAAUGCAACACACGAUUCAUGGAUCAGGAUGAUCAAUGCCAAGAUGGACAAUCAAAAAUGAGCCGUACUACCGUGAAGACCG